AUGACCAGAGCAGAGGACACAAAAGCAGACACAACCUGUCUCACAGGAACUCUGUGGACAGUCUACCAGGUAACAGAGCUCGGCCAGGCACUGGGAUCUUCUCUAUGGCUGAAAGGGAAGGUGGUUUUGCUCCCCUGGUGUUCAGACUGCACGGAGGAGCUCCGCAGGUGGUACGUGAGGUCCUGUUGGAGCGUGGCUGGGAGGAGUAUGAUGAAGAAGAGCAGGAGGAAGGAGACUGGAACCUCUACUGGAGAUCCUCUGGCUUCCGAAAGUUAGACUAUGAAAACAUCCUGCCCUGGCAGAGACUGAACCACCAUCCCAAAAUGAGCCAGAUUACGCGCAAGGACUGUCUAGCAAGACACAUGAGAAGAAUGAAGAUCGCUUUUGGCGCAGCCCUGUACGACUUCAGCCCUGCUGCUUUCAUAUUGCCUAACGAACACACCAAAUUUCUCGGGGUGUACACUAAGAAUCGCACAACUGACAGAGGGAAGUCACACUACUGGAUAUGUAAGCCAGUCGACCUGUCGAGAGGAAGAGGUAUAUUCCUGUUUGAAGAUAUCAAGGACUUAGUCUACGACUCUUCGGUGAUUGUACAGAGGUACAUCACCAACCCACUUCUCAUUUCAGGCUACAAGUUUGAUCUGCGCAUUUAUGUUUGCGUAAAAAGUUUCUCCCCUCUUGUGAUUUACAUGCACCAGGAAGGCCUAGUGCGCUUUGCGACAGAAAAGUUCAACCUUGCUUCUUUAGACAGCCUGUACUCUCAUUUGACAAACACCAGCAUUAAUAAAUUCGGAAUGCGCUACGAUACGGACAAAGAGCGAGUGGGUCGAGGAUGCAAGUGGACCAUGAGCAGAUUCCGGAGUUUUCUUCAUAAACAAGAUGUUAAUGAACUUCUCCUGUGGCACAGGAUCAGCAAUAUCGUUACGUUGACUCUGCUCACAGCCGUUCCUUGCGUUCCCUCCAGCCCCAACUGUCUGGAACUGUUGGGGUUUGACAUCCUCAUCGACGCCAGCUACAAACCGUGGCUUCUAGAGGUCAACUACAGUCCGGCACUUUCAUUGGAUUGCCCUGUUGAUGUAACGGUUAAGAAAGGGCUAAUAAGUGAUAUCAUUGACCUGAUGAACUACAGGAUGAUUGACAGUUUCAGACAGAAGGGAUACCACAGGAAGAGAUCAAGUAGACGGUAUUUACGACCAGAAGGGUUUCUGCUGCCGAAGAGUUUGCAUGCAACUCCAUCAGGCUGCAAAAGCAGGAAUCAUUCUAUCUCAAGCUCUUCAAGUUCUCAAGACACUCUGCUGUGUUCUGUAAAUAAUGCUAAUUGCCCAUUUCACGCCAAUUCAAAAUCCAUUGGAGAUGAAAAGGCUCCUCAGAACUUUGUGGAAAUUGACAGCACGAGGCAGUCGCACAGAAAUACAACAUCUACCAUAUUCAAGUUACCAUCUCUUCAUGUACAUAAACUCAAGUCUACAGCCGUCCAGUUGAACAGCAUGACUCAAGACAAAAGUGUCCCUCCUUGUCGCGUUGGCGACUUCAUAUUGACGUUUCCCUUUAAUGAGGCUACGUGGAAAGCCUCUCAGGAUCAAGCGGAUGUUAAGGCUAUUGUCAACGAGGUUCAGAAGCUUACAACCCGACUGGCAACUUCCUUUAACGAAAAAGAGAGGAUAAAGAUGGAAAGCAGGCAGAGCAUUGGUGUCGGGGACAAAUUUGAGCCUCUGCUUUGGGGGCCGAAAGAUCCACCUCUUCUCAGUGAAUGCUUCUCCUUAAAUUCAGCCAAGUAAAGUGGUUUAAGUUGGCCCAGUUUUUCUAAGACUCAAUAUUUUAAUAUAUAGUUUUAAUAUAUUUGAUUUUUAAAAAAUAUAUUUAA